GGGGUGUGGGAGAGUGUCAGCACUGUCCAGGGGAGAUUUUCAUCCUGGGCUCCAGGAAAGCUUGCGAUUGGGCAACUUGCUAUUGCUCAGACCUGGCUUUGAGGCAUUGCUGGCUCAUGAUGCUUGGGGAGACAGGAAAGCUGCGGUGACACCCUGGCCAUCCUGCGACAGCACCUGGUGGGUCCUGGCCCUGUAACUGAGCCGGGAAAGCAACUUUAAACACUUGGCUUUGGGGCCUUGUGUUUCCAGCCGGUGGAAAUACUGGAAAUGUUUUCUGGGAUUUGUUUCCCUCCUUCUUUACUUUUGCUCUGAGAUUACAACCUUCUCCCGAGGCCUGAAGUGGGGUGUCCUGCCAAAGCUGGGCAUCCACCAGGACCAUGUCCAUGCACAACCCCACCAUGUACAGCUCCGGGUGUUGGUGAUUUAACCGCAGCCGCCGAACCGGGAGAGAGGAUUUAGGAUUUUUCUGGGCAGGAAGGAGUUAAACAUCUGGCAGCAGCUGCUGGGACAGGCAAUAGGGUGCGUCUGAAGGCUGGCUUGGCUCCCGGAGGUUUUUGGGGGGCUCAGGUGUGUCCCCAGGCUCCGCGGGGUCCCCGAGGGGCCGUGCCGGCAGCGGGAGGGGAGAGGAGGGCUUGGCAGGGCCGGCGGCGCGGCCGCUCCUCCCCCUGCUCCGCUCCGGUUUGAAGGGUCGAGCGCCGGAGCUUGGGAGGAGAGAGCGAUGUGAGUGCUCCCAGAGUCUGGCCGGGGCAGAACUCCUGCCUCUUCCCUCCUUUCCUUCCUCCAGCCUCUCCGCUCCGCUCUCGGGAGACACGGAGUUCGUCUUCCCUUCCCAAUGGCCCCACCUCGCUUGGGAUUUCUGCUCUUCCUGGCUUGCUGCUUCUCCUGCUCUGAAACACAGCUCCUGCACUGGGUUUGGGACACAGGAAGCCCAGCAGCACCCGGCGAGGGAAUCCCGGCGUUGGAGCCGCCAACCUCAGCAGCAGCUCCGUCUCCCAGCCCGUCUCCAGGGACGUGGGGCGGUGAGGUGGCGGGGAAUGUCACCACCCCACGGCGGCAGGAGCCAGAUCCUGCUACAGCAGCUCCUGGGGGCGAGGGAACUGCAGCCAAAACCAUGGAGCAGUGGGACAGGAAUGCCAUGGUGGAGAGCACUGUGUGGCCAAGCAUUGCUCCUCCCCACAGCAUGUCACCUGCCCCAGGACAGCAGGCGGCCAGCAGCCCCACCGACGACCCUCGGCUCCUGGGGACAGGGACCAUUGAGCACCUCCAGAUCCUGGGGUCAGGAAACACUGAGGAUCCCCAGCUCUUGGGGACAGGGACCACUGAACAUCUGCAGCUCCUGAGUAAGAGGACAACCAAAGAGGCCCAGUUCCUGGGGUCAGUGACCUCCAAGGAUGCACAGCUCCUGGGGACAAGGACUACUGAGGACCUGCAGCUGCUGGAGUCAGGGACUACUGAGAACUCACAGCUCCUGAGGAUGGGGAUCACUGAGGACCCCCAGCUUCUGGGGUCAAGGACCUCUAAGGACCCUGAGCUCCUGGGGUCAGGGACUACUGAGGAUUUGCAGCUGCUGGGGUUGGGCACCACUGAGGACCCUCAGCUCUUAGGGAUGAUUAGUACCACAGACAUGCAGCUCCUGGGGACAGGGACCACCAAGGACCCACAGCUCCUGGGGACAUGGACCACUGAAGACCCACAGCUCCUGGGGAAAGGGACCACUGAGGACCUACAGCUCCCAGGCAUGUUGACCACUGAGAAUCUGCAGCUCCUGGCGAUGAGGAACACCAAGGACACCCAGCUCCUGAGGACAGUGACCUCUGAGGAACCAGAGCUCCUGAGGACAGUGACCACCGAGAAUCCAGAGCUCCCGGGGACGGGAACUCCUACAGCAAUGGAGACACAGGUGUACUUGCAGAGACCAGCGGGUCCCCGGCCAGAGAGCCUGAGUGCAGAGGUCAGCCUGCUGGAGCUGAUUGGGGACCCACCAACGGAGGAGAUCCACAGAAUUUAUGGCCCCGACAACAACCCUGGCUACGUCUUUGGUCCCAACGCCAACACGGGCCAGGUGGCCCGGUACCACCUGCCGAGCCCUUUCUACCGGGACUUCUCGCUGCUGUUCCACAUCCAGCCCACCACGCCCCGGGCCGGCGUGCUCUUUGCUGUCACGGACUCCUCGCAGAGCAUCAUCUACGUGGGUGUCAAGCUCUCAGAGCUGCGGGCGGGCCAGCAGCAGAUCAUCUUCUACUACACAGAGCCAGGCUCACCCAGCUCCUACCCAGCCGCCACCUUCACCGUGCCCACCCUGCUCAACCAGUGGACACGCUUUGCCAUCAGCGUAGAGGAGGAAGAAGUUGUCCUCUACCUGGACUGUGAGGAGCAUGAGCGCGUCCGCUUCGAGCGCUCCCCGGAUGAGAUGGAGCUGGAAGAGGGCUCCGGGCUCUUUGUUGCUCAGGCUGGAGGGGCUGACCCAGAUAAAUACCAGGGGGUGAUUGCAGAUUUAAAGCUCCGAGGUGACCCGCGAGCGGCCGAGCGCCAGUGCGAGGAAGAGGAGGAUGACGCAGAGGUCUCUGGGGAUUUUGGCAGCGGGAUGGAAGGUGGACAGAAGUUCUCAGGCAAGGUAGAGGGUGUCCCAGGGCUGGUGGAGGCUGUCCCCGUGACCUCUCCCCCCGUGGCGGGGGGCAGUGGCCCGAGGAGUGGCGGGGGGUCCCUGCAGCAAGCCGAGAGGACCAGGGUGGAGGAGACGCUGCAGGUCUCCACGGGAGGCACCGGCCAGAAAGGCGAAAAGGGGGAGAAGGGGGAACGUGGCUUGAAAGGGGACUCAGGGAUCGAUGGCACCAUAGGGCCAGGCAGUGUCAAGGGUCAAAAGGGCGAGAAAGGAGACCUGGGUGUCAAGGGCAGUGCUGGAUUUGGCUACCCUGGCUCUAAGGGCCAGAAAGGAGAACCAGGUGACCCUGGACCCCCUGGGGCCCCAUCUCGGCACACUGAUGGCUCAGUGGUGGAGCAGGUCACCGGCCCCCCAGGGCCACCAGGGAAGGAUGGAGCCCCCGGCAGGGAUGGCGAGCCUGGCGAUCCCGGCGAGGACGGCAAACCUGGUGAAAUGGGGCCCCCAGGGUUCCCUGGGCUGCCAGGGGAGCCGGGCCUGAAGGGGGAGAAGGGUGACCCAGGCAUGGGGCCGAGGGGACCUCCUGGACCACCUGGCCCUCCGGGACCGCCGGGACCCUCCUCCAAGAAUGACAGGCUGACCUUCAUCGACAUGGAGGGCUCAGGCUUUGGCGGUGACCUGGAGAGCCUGCGGGGUCCACAAGGGCCACCUGGUCCCCCAGGGCCACCUGGUGUGCCUGGUUUGCCAGGAGAGCCAGGACGGUUUGGGAUGAACCGCACGGACCUGCCAGGACCACCGGGGCUGCCGGGCAGGGAUGGGAUCCCUGGGCCCCCGGGGCCAGCGGGUCCUCAGGGUCCUCCAGGAAGAGACGGGGAGGCCGGGCAGCCAGGGCCCAAAGGAGAGCGGGGCGAUGUGGGUGACCUCGGCCUCCCUGGCCUACCAGGACCCAAGGGCAACAAAGGAGAAGCGGGACCGGUGGGACCCCCAGGAGAAAUGGGCUUAGCUGGCCUUCCCGGGCCCAUCGGACCCCGAGGGCAGCCAGGGCCCCCCGGCCCCCCGGGACCACCGGGGCCAGGCUACGAGGCUGGAUUUGGUGACAUGGAGGGCUCGGGGCUGUCAUUCAGCCCUGGACCACCUGGACCUGAAGGACCACAGGGUGUGCCGGGACUGCCAGGGGUGAAGGGAGAGGUUGGCAGCCCCGGACAGCCUGGCUUGCCAGGACCAAAGGGAGAUGCUGGCAUGCCUGGUGUGGAUGGCCGCCCUGGCCUGGAGGGCUUCCCUGGACCACAGGGACCCAAAGGUGACAAAGGCAGCGCCGGUGAGAAGGGAGAGCGAGGCCAAGAUGGAGUGGGGCUGCCUGGCCCCCCUGGACCACCUGGUCCCCCUGGACAGGUCAUCACUGUCUCCAGUGAAGAUAAGUCCUUGGUGGCUUUUCCUGGUCCAGAGGGAAGACCAGGCCACGCUGGCUUCCCGGGUCCAGUGGGACCGAAAGGAGACCGGGGGUCAACUGGUCCCCAGGGUGCCCCAGGGUUGAAGGGGGAGAAGGGGGAGCCCGGUGUCAUCAUCAGCCCUGAUGGGACCGUGGUCACUGCCAAGGUGAAGGGAGAAAAGGGGGAGCCGGGGCUGCGGGGCCCAAUGGGACCAUCGGGUCCCCCGGGACGAGCAGGGAUGAAGGGAGAGAUUGGCUUUCCGGGCAGACCCGGACGUCCCGGCAUGAACGGGCUGAAGGGCGAGAAGGGUGACCCCGCGGAUGUGCUGGGCUUGCGGGGCCCCCCAGGCCUCCCAGGACCCCCUGGGCCCCCUGGGCCUCCUGGCAGCAUAGUCUACAACAAUGGCAAUACCUUCAGCGACUCUGGCCAUCCGGUGUUCCCUGGUUUCCACCAGUUCCCAGGACAAAAGGGAGAGAAAGGUGACACUGGACCCCCAGGACCCCCAGGCCAGUUCCCCUAUGACGUGAGUCACUUCGGAACCAGCCUGCGGGGUGACAAGGGGGAUGCAGGUCCCAAGGGUGAGAAGGGCGAGCCAGGCAGCACCCCACUCUAUGGUCCUGGAGUCUCUGGACUUCCAGGGCCUCCAGGGCCCCAGGGAUACCCCGGGCUGCCGGGUCCCAAGGGGGACAGUAUUGUUGGGCCACCGGGGCCUCCAGGACCUCAGGGUCCCCCUGGUAUCGGAUACGAGGGGCGGCAGGGCCCCCCUGGCCCUCCUGGUCCUCCCGGGCCACCCUCCUUCCCAGGUCCCCACAGACAAGCUGUCACCAUCCCUGGACCCCCGGGACCACCAGGACCCCCUGGACCACCAGGCACUAGUGGGAUGUCCUUGGGGAUGCGGGCUGUGCCCACGUACCAGGCGAUGCUGAGCAGCGCGCACGAGCUGCCCGAGGGCAGCCUCGUCUUCCUGACCGACCGGCAGGAGCUCUAUGUCCGCCUGCGCGGGGGCUUCCGCAGGGUGCUGCUGGAGGAACACAACCUGAUCCCCAGUUCGGCUCUGGACAAUGAGGUGUACGACAAGCCGCCCACCCUCCAGUACGCUGGCCCCCAGCCCCACGGGCCCCUGCACCCGCUCCGCAACCACGUCCCCCCAGCCACCGCCCGUCCCUGGCGUGGGGACGAGGUGGUGGCCAACCAGCACCGCCUGCCCGAGCAGCCCUUGCUGCACCACCAGCAUGAACUCAUCAAUGGGUACUACAUCCACCGCCGGCCAGAUCCUGUGCCCGUGGCCGCCCACGUGCACCAGGACUUCCAGCCUGCACUUCACCUGGUGGCCUUGAACACCCCUCUGAAUGGCGGCAUGCGCGGCAUCCGGGGCGCCGAUUUCCAGUGCUUCCAGCAAGCCCGGCAGGUCGGGCUGGCUGGCACCUUCCGCGCCUUCCUGUCCUCACGCCUGCAGGAUCUCUACAGCAUCGUGCGCAGGGCCGACCGUGCCACCAUCCCCAUCGUCAACCUCCGGGAUGAAGUGCUCUUCAAUAACUGGGAAGCCCUUUUCAUGGGCAGUGGGGCCCCACUGCAAGCUGGUGCCCGCAUCCUCUCCUUUGACGGCCGGGAUGUCCUGCGGGAUGCGGGAUGGCCGCAGAAGAGUGUCUGGCACGGCUCGGAUUCCAAGGGCCGGCGCUUGACCGAGAGCUACUGUGAGACGUGGCGGACAGAGGAGCGCACAGUCACCGGCCAGGCUUCGUCCCUGGCCUCUGGAAAACUGCUGGAGCAGGUGGCCAGCAGCUGCCAGCACGCCUUCAUCGUCCUCUGCAUCGAGAACAGCUUCAUGACCUCUGCCAAAAAGUGAUACCCCCCCUGGUGCCCCCUGGUACCCCCAUGUCCCCGGGAAGGGUAGGGCCAGCCUGCAUCCCAGCACCCCUGGGCCCGUCAGCCCCCUUCACACACCCACUCCCUCCCUGCAGGGUUUCCUUCUCCCACAGACCUGAAGCCAAAGAAGUAUUGCCCAGGGUCGGCAGGGGCUCAGGUCCCACUUGGGGCAGAGCAGCCAUGGGCCGGCAGCCUUCCUCCUCCUCUUCUAACUCCUAAUAUUUUUAACCACUUCAGCUGGUUCCUCUCCCUGCUCGGAUACUCCUUUUGGGGUGGCUGGGUGGGAGGAAGCUUGGCAGGGAGAUUUCAGUGCUGCCAUGUGGGCUGUCCCCCACAAAAGCCUGUGCGGGCUCUCUCACCAGCCCCCUGGCCCCGUGCUGUCCUCACCAGGAGGUUGGGGUUGGGCCCAAAUCCCUGAUGAUGAGGCCAUGGGGUCUUCUCCAGCCAAGACCCCAGCAUCCUACCCAAGGGACUGUCCCAUGGUGAUGCUGGGGCUCUCCCAGAUGGUCUCCGUCCUCCCCAGGUAAGGACCAUCCCCUCAUCACCCUCACCUCUACCUCCCAGCCAGAAGAGCUCUGGUGGGGGUCUGGUCUCCCCUAUCCAAUCCAUGCACCCUGGGGAUUCCCAGCUGUGCCCCCACAGCCCAGGUACAGCCACAGCCAGCCCAGCACAGGUACUGGAGUGACAGGGUGACCCCGAGGCGUGGCACAUGU